AUGAGUUAUAUAUAAAUGAGCGACUUGAAUAUACCCUUUAAAAUUGCCCAAAAUCUCUUUAUCUAUAUUUCCUAAGAAUCUUCUCAAAUUAUAAAUAAAAGAUAUCAAUUAUUUAUUCAUAAAAGCUUCAAGUUCUACCCAAAAUAAGUUGCCAUUUGCUCCAAAGCGAUGGCAUGUUAUCUCUUUAUUUUCAAAUACUAUAAAGUUAUUUCUGUAAUUAAACCAGCUUGGGCGGAGACUCUCGCGAUGAAACCAUCUACUAAAAAUAUUAAAUUUGAAUCUAACAGAUUAGAAAUACAUUUGCUUUUAAAUAUUAAUUAAAGCGCCGUAUUAGGAUAAUAAUAAAUAAACAAACAAACAAACAAAAGAUAUAUUUUGAACAGUAAAAAAAUAAUUCGAUCAUUUACAAAUAUAUAUAAAUAAAUCAAUAAUUAAAUUUACACUAACAAAUGA